AUGGAGUACAACAAUGCCUUCAAAGCUCUCAUUCGAGUUGCACAAGGAACAACUUUCCAUCAGGAACUACAAUAUUUGCAGAACCACGACCAAAAGUUUUUGGCUCUGCAAAAAGCUGGCUUCAAGUCUCCGCUCAAAGACAUUGACGUGUUGAUCGACGACGCAGGGCUCCUCCGUUUGAACGGUCGCCUAGCUCAGUCACCUGGCACCUUCGACAAUCGCUUUCCGAUCCUGUUACCUGCCGAUCAUCAUCUCUCACGGUUAAUUGCUAGAUCAAUUCAUCAUCAAACUCUGCACGCCGGACCAACACAACUGCUCGCGACCAUCAAGCAGUGUUUCUGGCCGAUUCGUGGUAGAGACCUCGCUCGAAGGACAGUGCAUCGUUGUGUGACGUGUUUCCGUUGUCGUUCGAACGUUGCGGGAAGGGGCGCUUCGGCCGUUGUGCUGGACAUCGUCGCCGGGAUGCCAGCUGCUGCGUGCGUCAAUUCGUUGAGGCGCUUUGUGAGUCACGUCGGUCGCGUUCGCGUUAUACACUGCGACAAUAGCACCUCGUUCGUCGACGCGUUUCGCGAAAUAAAGGAGAUGCGACAACAACUCGUCCAGCAGCUGAAGUCCAACGAAUGGGCUACCGAAUGCCUGGAAAGAGGCAUCGAGUUCCAGUUCAUACCUCGGAAAGCACCACAUUGUGGUGGGCUUUGGGAAGCUGCGGUGAAGAGCUUCAAGCACCAUCUCGUCAGGAUCUUUGGCUCAUCACCUUACCACUUUGACGAUCUUCGCACGGCCGUUGCUCAGGCGGAAAGCAUCAUGAAUUCACGACCCUUAACUCCACUUUCCAAUCAUCCUGAAGACCUCUCUGUACUCACUCCUGCACAUUUCCUGCUGGGUGAACCAGCCUUCUGGCUUCCGGAGCCAGACUACACAAGCAUUCCCAUUAAUCGCCUAUCCCACUUCCAGGCGACACAUCGAGCCAUGAACGACUUGUGGAAGCGCUGGUCCAAAGAAUACAACGGUUUGCUGCAUCAGCGUCCAACUAAGUGGAAGAAAAUCCCUACCGACGUCACGGUCGGUGCAAUGGUUUUGUUGAAGACCGACAACGUUCCACCCAAACAAUGGCCUCUCGGGCGUGUUGUUGUGGUCUACCCGAACAAGGACAACAUCGUACGGGUCGUGGACGUCCGCACUCAAUCCGGAAUUCGUCGUCGUGCAACAACGGGGCUGUGUCUGCUACCAGUUAAUGACAUCCCAAGUGAAACAGUAGCGGGAUCAAUCAAGCCAACUCAGCUGACCGAUGUACCUACCUCUUCUUCUGUUGGUUGA